UGCGGGCGCUGGCUGCGGCGGGCUGCCAGCCGCCAGUACCGCGUGGACUGCGGGUCCGUGCGUUGCCUGUGCGUGGGUGUGCGCGAUUCUAGCGAAAGGAGAUCGGAUACAAGCUGGAGGGCGCCGCUCUCGUGGAGGCCAGCGUGGAGCUGACGAUCUACGAUGAAGGAGGGGGCGCCGGCCGAGCCUAGGUCCGUCCAGAGGUCCUCCGAGACGGGCUCCGGCGCCGCGCCCGCCGCCAGCCUCGCCAAACAGCAGUCACAGCAGCAGCAGCAGCAGCAGCAGCAGCAGCAGCAGCAGCCGGCCACCAACUUCGAGUACGACGACGGAGAGUGGGACGUCGGCAUCGGCGACCUCAUCAUCGACCUCGACGCCGACAUUGAGAAGAAUAACGACGCGGCGCGCUCGUCUACCUCGUCGGCCGACCCGAGGAUGGGCGUCCGUCAGCAGCACAGCAGCUCCAUGGAGAAGGGACUCAAGAUGAAGAUCAAACGCACCUCCAAGCCGGGACGCUCCUCGGAGGCCAAACACGAGAUAGUGCAGGUGGAUAAUAAGGCGGGCGCUGCCGCCGCCGCCGCUGCUGCUGCCGCGGGGGCGGGAGCGGCGGCGGCGGCGGCGGGCGCGGCGGCUCCCUCGGGGGUCGCCGCCGGUGACGCCGCCGAUUCCCAGUCGGCCAAGGCAGCGGCCAAGGUGGCCGGGAAGCGUGCUGUGCACAAGAAGGAACGCCGGGACAAGGAGCCGACCGGCGCGGUCAAGACGGAACGCCGCGAGAACGGCGUCGGCGCCGGUGACGAGGACGGCGCGGCGGCCGGCGGACCCGACUCGCCGGGCGCGGCGCCGUCACCGCCGGCCAAACGCCCCAAGACGGAUGCUCCCACUCAGAGCGUGUCGGACAUGUGUGUCGGCACAGACGGCCUGGUGAGCCGCGGAACACUGCUCGAGCCGGACAGCCUGGGGCCCUGCGAGCCGGGCACUACGGUCAACCUGGAGGGCAUCGUGUGGCAGGAGACGCAGGGAGGCGUUCUGGUAGUGAAUGUCACCUGGCGGGGGAAGACGUACGUCGGUACCCUUCUCGACUACACCCGGCACCACGACUGGGCGCCGCCCAGGUUUAACGACUCGCCGACGGCGGAGCUGGAGUCGCGCAGUGGCAAGGGGCGCGGUAAGCGAGGCCGCGGCGCCGCCUCCGCGCCGGAGCCGACCGUGGCCGAGACCAGGGCGUCGGCCCAGUCCAAACUGCGCAGCCAGAGCAAAGGCCGGCGCAGCACGGCCAACUCGGCCGGCGCCAAUUUCACCGCCCCGGCCAGCCCGGUCAAACGCAAGGGGCGCGCCGCCGACCGCGAGGCCGCCGCCGCCGACCGGACCCCCAACAAGCGCAGCCGCACCAGCUCCAACACGAGCCUCUCGGAGCCGGCCUCGUCUGCGCCGGGCACCCCGGAGCCGGCGGCGGCCGCGCCGCCCUCACCGGCCCCCACCCCGCCGGCGGCCACCACCCCGGCGCCGCUCAUCGAGUGUCCCGAGUCGGGCUGCUCGAAAAAGUACCGACACGUCAACGGACUCAAGUACCACCAGAGUCACGCCCAUUCGAACGGGCUCAGCGAGGGCGAGCGUGAGACGGGCGACUCGUCUCCAGAGUCGCCGGCCGCCUCCAAGACGCCGCCCCCGCCUCCCGUGUCUGCGGCUGCCACGGCUCCGACCCAGACGGCGCCGCAGACCCCGCCGGCGGCGCCGCCCUCGCCCGCUCCGGUGGCGUCGGCGGCGGCGCCGGCCACGUCGCCGGUGACGCCGGCCACCCCGGCGCCGGCGGCUCCUCCGGUGGCGGCGUCAGCACCGCCCAACGGCGCCGUGGCCCCCGCCAAGCCGGUGGCGGCCGUGUCGGCAGCAGUGACUCCUCAGUCGCAGCUGACCGGCCUGUCGGCGCCGCCGCCGCCGCCGCCGCCGCCGCCGGUCGCCGGAGAGCCGCCGGCCGCCGAGCCGCGGCCCACGCACGCCAAGGUGCAGAUCAGCGACAGCAACGGCAACGUCAAGACAUCGGGCGUGCUACGCUUCGGGCCGACGGCGGUACCCACGGCGUCGGCGGCGGCCGGACCGGGUCCGACACUGCUGGCGGGCGGCCCGGCGCCGCUGCGCGCUGCUGCCUCCGUGUACCAGCCGGCCGCGCCGCCGCCGGCCCUGGGCGCCGUGUCUCGCCCGUCGGCCGCCGCCGCCGUCACCACCGCGGCGCGCACCGUGCCCGUCAUGGCCGCCGUCGACGCCGCCAAGUACAAACCCAAGAGCGUGGCGGCGCGCGUGGCGACACCGGCUCUACCCGUGGUGACCGUGCCACCGGCGAGCGGAGGCUUUGGUCAGUCGGUGGCCCAUCUAAAACCGAUCCAGCCGAAACCGACCAUACUGGGAGAAACAUCCGCAAUUAACCCUGCGCUCGAGUCGCUCAGAAAGGACAAGGAGCGCCCCAAGAAGCGGCGGAAAGAGAACGGUGCGCGGACGCCCGACGCCAGCCCGCGGCCGGAGUGCGUCGAUCCGUCUCGGGUGGCACCGCGCACCGCUCCUGGAGUAGUGUCCGGCAGUGUAGUGCCGCCGGUAGUGUCCAGCUUGCCGCUGGGCGUCGGCGCCGGUGCAGUGUCGAGUGGGGUGCCGACCGGAACGGUGGGGCCGGCCGAGCGGCCCUCGCGGGACGGCACCGCCAGCCCCGCCUACAGUGAUAUCUCCGACGAUGGCGCGCCUGUGGACGCUUCGGGCCGACCGGCGCCGGCCGGGAUCGCAGCCGCCGACAAAAAGGAGCUGCCCGGCGCGCUGCCGCCGUCGAGUGUCUACUACCGUUCGUUUUUCCCUCCGCCCGGUGUGUACGUUCCGCCGCCGGCCGCCGGUAAGCCGGGUGCUGACGGAGUGGACUCGAAGGAGGGGGCGCGUGGGCCGCCGCCGGCCGGCGAGUACGCCGGCGGCCAGCUGUCGUACCUGUCGUACCCGUACCUGCCGGCGGCAUACCCGUACCCGGCGAUCGACCCAGCCGGCUACCCGCUGCCCAUGAUGGCCGACCCCAAGUACAAAGCGGCGCUGGCCGGCGAGCGGCCGGCCGUGUCGGUCGGGCCGGGCGGCGCCGGCCCGCCUCCCGCCGAGAGGAGGGAUGCUCUGUCGGACGCCGAGUCAGGCAGGACCUCGGCGCCGCCGUCUGCGGAGCCGCGUGCGGCACACACGGGCUCGGCCGCCGGCCGGGACGCCUCGCCUCAGCCGGCGCCGGCGCACCGGCCGCCGCUGGGCACUCCGGCGCGUCCCGGCGGUCUGCCGAGCCAGCGCGGCGCGCCCGUACCCGUGUCAGUGGCGUCCAAACGGCCGCCGCCCACCUCCUCGGCCGGCCCGGCGCCGCCGCCCACCACGGCCGCCGACAAGCGGCCGGCGGACGCGGCGGCGCUGGCGGCGCGCGCGGCCGCCUACGGCUACCCGUUCGGCCUGCCCGGCAUGCCGAGCCUGCCGUACGGCCCAGUGCUGCUGAACGGCGGCUACCCGGCGCGGUUCCCGGUCAGCUCGGCGGCGGCCGUAUCGGCGGCGCCGGAGGACCUCAGCCGCGCCGCCACCACGGCCGCCUCGCGCGCCAGUGAGGUGUCUUCGGCGGCGGUGCGGGGCGCUCCGUACCCGCCGCCGCCGGCGCACCGUCUGCUGGAGGUGCCGGACCGGGCGCGCACCACGGCCAGCGCGGCGCCGAGCUCGUCGGGGGCGGCCGUGCGCGCCGGCUCCCCGGGCAGCCCGCUGUCAGCGCCGCUGAGGCCCGGCCUCGGCUUCCCUCCGCCGGGCGGCUACCACCCGUUCACAGGCGUGCCGGGCGGUGGCCCGAGCCCCAGUUUUGCGCCAAUCAAAUAGAGGUCCCCUGCGGCCGGCCGGCCGGCUUCAGAAGGCUGUGAUAUAGUGGUCGUGCCGGCGCCGCGGGGACCGGGCACAUAUCGACUGCCGCUCGGCCCCCCAGUGUACAAAGACGCCACACUUUGUGACCUCAGAGAGACGAAACUUUGGAGAUAACGCCUGCCACCGGAUUGUCGAAACUCUGCAUUAUUGCUGGGUGGUGGAAUGGGGACUGCGGCUGCCGCCGCGCACCAAUGCUUUCAACGAGCCCCGCUGUGGGUCGGCCCGACGUGGCAGCAGUUCAGAAGUUGCCCCAAUCCUGUGGGAGGUGUUCAUCGAUUUUGUCUUCACGCGUGUUUUGAUUGUUGGCCCCGUUGUGACCAGUGGCGCGGGGGGUUCCGCGGGGACCCGCCUGGUGGCACCGGCUGUUACCGAGCACGCGCGGCCGGCGUCUGUCGGUUGUGCCCCCCCCCCUCCCGCCCCUGUCGGUGGGGGCGGGGCGGACCCCCCUGUCGGCGGAGCGGCUGUCGGCCGCGCCUGUGCUGUGGUGCGCUCUUUAGAAAGGCUGUUUCCCGGCUGCCCGUGUUUAGCCGUGCAGGGAUGUGCAUUAUGUGGUGCCGAGUAGGAGAUAUCAUAUAUCUGUGUGUGCUGGUCGCCAGACCCGGCCGUUUCGUUCGAUAUUCAGAGACGGCUAUUAUUGAAUAGUGAAAAUACAGAGCAACAUUAAAA